AUGGCUGUGUUGGAACAGGAGAGAAGGCAGAGUGGUGGCUAUCGAGAUGCCAGGCAUGAAAACGUUGUCACACAGCAGCAGCAGAGCCAGAACCAGAACCAGCAUCAAUAUCAACUUCCACCGUCAUCAGCCAAUCAUCACAGCUACUAUCACCACUCCCAGCAACAGAGACAAGUUCCAUCAGGCCAGUUUGGCAUCCUGAAACCCGGCCCCAACUCAGCCAGCAUCGCCAGCAUCUCAGAAAGCAGUACCCCUGGAUUGCAACGCCCAGGGCAUUUUGGACGCUACCAGAAUGCACCACCAACAGCUGCGGCCACAGCAGUUCCGUAUAAACUCGGACAGGCCAAGCUAGUCGUCGACCCUCCCGAUCUCCAAGAGUGGCGAGAAAAGCUCUUCCACGUUGACGACAUCAUCAUCCUCACGCACAAGCAGUUCGAGACGUACUUCCCACACAUUGACAACGUCUACUCCCACCGCUCGACCCAGCGGUACAAGAGAAAGCCCUUCAUAUCACACUACUGGGACUGCCGCAUGAAAGGCCGGCCACCGGGGACCCCCAAGUCCGACGACCCGGCCAAGAAGAAGCGCAAGCGCAGCGCGCGGGAACGCGACCUGUGCGACGUCAAGAUCAAGAUCACCGAGUACUUCCCCGACUCUGGGGCCGAGACCGCACUGGACAGGGACGUGGCCGCUGCCAUUGCCGCGGGCACGGCUGCCAACGCCGUUGUCAGUACAGGGCAGCGCUUUUGGACCAUCCAGCGGGUCAACGGCAAUGGAGGCAAUGGGAAAGGGGAUGGGGUGGCAGGUCCACAUCGCCAUACGCUGGAGAGAAGCGACGAGAUUAAGAAGAGCAGCGUGCAGCGCUUUGUGGCGUUGAGGGAUAAGAAGGCUAAGAAACCUCAUAAGACACCACCUCAGAAGAAGGGUGCCGGCGCUGCACAAGCGACAGUCCGGAUGCAUAGCAAGGAGGCGGAUCUAAAGCUAUACGCUGCGAGCUUUUGCCCCUUUUCGCAUCGUGUCUGGAUUGCCCUCGAGGCUAAAGGCCAGCCGUAUCAGUACAUCGAGACGGAUCCCUUCAAACGUCCUGCUCCUACGCCGCUCCUCGAGGCUAACCCGCGCGGCCGUGUUCCUGCUAUUCGGCAGGGAGAUUGGGCUUGUUCUGAGAGUGCCGUUAUUCUAGAAUAUUUGGAAGACAUAUACCCCGAUAUUCCGCUGUUCCCUUCUGAUCCGCGACUGAGAGCUAAUUGCCGUCUCUGGAUCGACCAUAUCAACACCCUUCUCAUCCCCACCUUCUUCUCUCUCCUCAAAUCCUCCUCCUCCUCCUCUUCAUCCCCUCAAACUGUCAUCACUUCCUCCUCACCACCGUCAACAUCACCUCCUACCUCCCCUCUCACCCUCCUCCAAUCCCAUCUCACCGCCCUCGUCCUCGCCGCCGACGAACAAGGCCCUUACUUCCUCGGACCCUCUUUGUCUCUCGUCGACGUCCACUUUGCCCCUUUCGCCCUCCGCCUCAGCCGUAUCCUGCGCCACCGCCAUCCAAACGCCGUCUUGGUCGAUCCUGCCCCGGAUACGCGCUGGCGUCGCUGGUUAGAAGCCCUGGAAAGGAAUCCACAUGUCCAGGCUACGAUGUACAUGGAUGAUUUUUACCUUGAUACCGCGGAUUUGCUGAUUCAGACGUCGGGUGAGGGGGAUUAA